CGUAAGCGCACGCGCUCACUGGGGGAACACGCAGAAGCGCGCGCGCACAGGCCAGAAGCAAGGCGAGACAAAGAUGGCGGCAGCGGUGGGGGAAGCGGCGUGAUGUGCGGGAGAAGGAGAGCAUUAACACCGAAUUAUCAACGCUGUCAGUCUAGCCCUAGAGAAAAUGGAAACUAUGUCACAUUAGGACGUCUGUUUGUAUGAAAAAAUAGAAUACACAUCACAGCAUCUCCCCGACCAAGGGAACGUUUAUUUUCUUUUUGACUGGAAAAAGGAAAACUAACCGGGAGCAGCAUGGCUUCAGACAGUAACCAGUACAUCUUUGGGGAGUUCAGCCCGGACGAGUUCAACCAGUUCUUCGUUACGCCCCGCUGUUCUGUAGAGCUCCCCCCAUUCAACGACAAGGGUUCCUAUGUCAGUCAGUCCUCAGGAAGUUACUGUGCCCCCGCCGUGCCGUACUAUACCGAAACAGUGAGGCGGCAGGUCUGCGGUGAAGAGUACCAGCACAUCGAGUUCGGGGUGGACGAGGUGAUCGGGGCGGAGCCCCUGCGGGUGAAGGAGUCCCUGCAGAGGGUGUCCAGCACGCUCAACCCCCAGGCCCCCGAAUUCAUCCUGGGCUGCCAGCCCGCCCCCAAGGCCCUGCCGGACCUGCAGCCGGGGGAGGAGCCGGACGGCUGCGCUGACUCAGAGCUCCCCCUGCUGGACGGCGCCGGGGGCGCCUGCGCGGACCUGGAGGGCGCGGCGGGUGGCCUGGGCCAGCGGGAGCGCAAGAAGAAGAAAAAACGGCCGCCGGGGUACUACAACUACCUGGAGGGGUCCGGCGGCGACGCCGGGGGCGACGACGACGGCCCCGCCCCCCACGGCGACGCCCCCCUCGGGGCGGGGCUAGUCAACGGACACGUGCCGAGCGCCCCGGGUCUCGGGUCAGAGUCGGACGUUGCCGGGGAGACGGAGGCCGAGGCCGCCUCGCCUUCCAGGCACAGCCCUGCCCCCGAGGCCCCGCCCCCCCUCACAGCGACCGCAGUCGCCGCCGGCGACCAGAGGACUUGUGAGAGCCCCGAGGAGUCGUCCCUGGACUUCACGAGCGGGGCAGCCUCUUCAUCGGACAGUAACAACGCGCCCUCCUCCUCUUCCUCCUCCUCCUCUUCAUCGUCGUCCUCCUCUUCCUCGUCCUCCCACAGCAGCGGGGUUGGGGAGGGGGGCAGGACAGCUGAGCAGCCGCGGGACGCCCCGGGCCUGGAGAGCCCCGAACUGCUGGGCAGCGGGAGUCACAGCCCGAGCCCCACCUCCCCGCCUCCUCCGCCCUCCACUGCUGCUGCUGCUCCGCCCACUGCCCCAGGCCCCGCCCCCAGCCCCAGCCCCAGCCCCACCCCCUCCCCCUCCCAAACCACUGCUACUACUGACCAGGAGGAGGCUGGGGACGGGGUGGUGCCCAACGGGCCCACUGAGCCCCUCCCUCGCGAGGACUCCCCGGAGCCCGAGGAGGCCCCGUCCCAGCCCCCGCCGGACCUCCAGGCCCCCCAGCCGGCGGCCGAGCAGGCCCUGUCACCCCCGUCGCCCCUGCCCCCCGCGGGCACCCCGGCUCCCAGCGCGCCCAAGUCCUGGGCCAGCCUCUUCCACAACUCCAAGCCCCUGCCGGGCGGGCCGCAGGCCUACGUGGAGGUAAAAAACGUGCCGCCCCCCGAGGCGCCGGCUGCGCCCGCGGCCGAGACGCCCGAGGUGGCGGGGGACGCCAGGGAAGGACCCGUUCACGUGUCUGAGGACGCCAUGGCCCCCGAGCUUGCAGAACUGAUUGAGACUGUGAAGCUGAUCCACAAACCGGUGUCUCUGCAGCCCAGAGGGCUGAUCAACAAGGGAAACUGGUGCUAUAUCAACGCAACCCUGCAGGCCCUGGUCGCCUGCCCCCCCAUGUUCCACCUGAUGAAAUCCAUACCCGUGCUGGGCGAGUCGCAGAGACCGUGCUCUUCCACGCCCAUGAUCGAUAACUUUGUCAGACUUGUGAACGAGUUCAGCAACAUGCCCGUGCCCUCAAAGGCCAAACAGCAAGCCGCUGGCGAUAAAGUGAUGAAAGACGUGCGGCCGGGAGUCCCCUUCGAGCCCAGCUACAUUUACAGACUCCUGACGCUCAUCAAGUCCGGCCUCUCAGAGAAGGGUCGACAGGAAGAUGCUGAGGAGUACCUGGGCUUCAUCCUCAACGGCCUGCACGAGGAAAUGCUCUCUCUGAAGAAGCUCAUCUCCCCACAGGAGGAGAAAGCGCCCGCCGCGCUCAACGGCCCGGAGCCCCGGCCCGGGGCGCCCGAGGACCCGGCGGAGAACGAGGAGGACGGCAGCGAGGACGAGUGGGAGCGGGUCGGCCCCCGGAACAAGUCCUCCGUCACCCGACAGGCCGACUUCGUCCGCACCCCCAUCACCGACAUAUUCGGAGGGCACAUCAGGUCGGUGGUGUACCAGCACAGCUCCAAGGAGUCGGCUACCCUGCAGCCCUUCUUCACCCUGCAGCUGGACAUCCAGUCGGAGAAGGUGCGCUCCCUGCAGGAGGCCCUGGAGGCCCUGGUGGCCCGGGAGUCCGUCCAGGGCUACACCACCAAGACCAAGCAGGAGAUUGAGAUCAGCCGGAGAGUGACUCUGGAGGAGCUUCCGCCCGUCCUGGUGCUUCACCUCAAACGGUUUGUGUUCGAGAAGACCGGAGGGUGCCAGAAGCUGAUCAAGAACAUCGAUUACCCCGUAGACCUGGAGAUCAGCAAAGAUCUCCUGUCCCCAGGGGUGAAGAGUAAAAUCUUCAAAGGCCAAAGAUCCUACCGGCUCUUUGCAGUUGUGUAUCACCACGGGAACAGCGCCACCGGCGGCCACUACACCACGGACGUGUUCCACAUCGGGCUGAACGGCUGGCUGCGCAUCGACGACCAGGCGGUGAAGGUGGUGGCGCAGCACCAGGUGGUGAAGCAGACGCCCGAGCGCUCGGCCUACCUGCUGUACUACCGCCGCAUCGACCUGCUGUAGAGCCCGCCCGCCCGCCCGCCCGCCCGCCACGCCGCCCCACUUCUUCUCUCGCAAGGUUCUCCUCUUCCUGCCCUGAUCUGCCCCUGCCCCACCACCCCUUUCCCACCCUCAACCUCAACCAACCCCCCCCCCACCCACCACCCCUUUCCUACCCUCAACCAACCCCCCCCACCACCCCUUUUCCAGUGAGCCAGCUUUCCCAGUGACUCUUUACCCUUUUUAACGUUUUGGAAGAAGAAGAAGAAAAAGAAAAAAAAGACAAAAAAAAAAAAUGCUAAAGACUUUUGAACUGAGCUGUCUUCCUCUCGUCUGUGCAGUGCUGCUGGGUUUUUAAAUUGCUGAAAGGACAGACAGUUGGACAGGGGGGACAGACGGACUGGGAUCUCACCCCCCCCCCCCCCCAGCCUCGUUCAAACUGGGAACUUACUGUUAUCUUCAGAGUGAGGACUUUACCACAGGAGAUUAACAGUUGUCAGACUGCUGGAAAAUGUUCUUUUCUUUUUUUUUUUUGGUUUAUUUUGGUUUGAUUUCACUUCUUUUUUUCAUUUUAAACAGAAUAGUAAUGAAAAUCGAGAACUGUUUUUUGCCUUUUAGCAAGGAGAGGUUUCGGUCUGGCAAAUUCACAGCAGUUCACACUCGUUCAGAACUACCCCAGUGCGUGAGAGAGCCCUGCACCAGCAAAAAGGGGGAAAAAAAAACAAACAAAAAAUUUCUGUGUAGAUCUUAACGUACAAAUCUUUGUUUCCUAACUCCCGAAAUGAGUAUUCUCUUCCUCACGGCCACCUCUUCCUCCUCUUCCUCCUCACUUCCUCUCUCUCUGCCCAAUGCUUUUAUAUCUGUGUAACAAUUGAGCCAUCGAUACGUGGAGAAAAGGAGGGAGAUGCCGGUCGUUCUGAAACAAAAUGGCUUCUUUGAGGAAAAAAAAAAAAAGAACAUUUAAAAAAAGAAAAACCACAGUGUGGUGUUUGGGUGUAGAGUUAGUCUAUAAAGAGAAUCUAAAUAAUGAAAAAAAUGAUUUUUAAUGCGCUUUAGGAUGUAAAGAGGAAAUGGCUUAUGUGCACGCAAAAUAUAUUAAAAAAAAGAAAAAUUCAUGAAAAGGUAAACGCGGACGUGCAGACGUGUACGUUUCUGCAGUUAAAGAAAGAAAGAAAGAAAGAAAAAAAAAAAAGAUGAAAUAAUUGUGAAGCCGGGUGACGGUCACUUUACGCCGCUCUCUUGGGGACUGUGGAAAACGCUUUCUGUGUACGCUAAGCUGGAGAAAAACCAAUGAAGUCUGAGAUUCAUUACAAAUGUUUGCCUUUUAUUCAUUUGUGGUUUUCUUUCGUCUCCCCCAUCCCCCCACACCCCCGAUACUGUUUGUCAUGCCAUUUUUAAUGCACCAGUUUGCAAGAUUCCACCUUACUCUACUGGUUGCCCCGUGACUUAAUGUUCAAGCCCCUCCCACUCUUUCAGUGAAGAAGGCCGCAGCUGAUUGGUUGACUGUGUAACCCCCUGACCCAGCGAUGCCGCGUCUUCUGCGUGUGAAACCGGGGGUCGGAGUCGGCGGCGACUUCCUGUUAACUCUGUACCGCUGCAUCCUGGUUACGAGGGAGACCUCUGUGACUCGAGUGACGUGAUUUUGGGGUUGGGAAGGGGUGUAGGGAAAACCACCCCCCCAUACACACACACACACACACAGCCUUGCGCAGGACAGCUUGCUGAAUCCCUGGGGGGGCGGUUCAUGCUUUUGUCUCCAGCAUCAUGCUUAUUCAUCGAUUGUGUUCAUUUGAAUUAUAAAGUUUAAGCCGAAAUGGUGUUUCUGCUGAAUUGUUUUUUUUUGUUGUUUGUUUUGUUUUUUGUUUUUCUUGUUGCAAAUAACAAUCCCUCCCCUCAUGUUUUACCUGGAUAUAAAAUUGGUUUAAUUUACAGAAAAAAAAAUACCCAAGGUAAAGCACAAUGAUAAAUAAAAUUGUACAAGUA